AGUCCAUGGACCAAGACGAUCCAUCAUGUCUUCAGAGACUGGAAAAUUGGACCAAGGGAGACACCGGGUCUUGGUCCUAUCUGUUUCUUGGUCUUCAAGAGAUAGAACGACCAGAGUUGGCCCAAAAGUUUGCGCAAGAAGUGUCCAGUGACGUCAUCACGAGACUAAGAUCGAUACCCACUUCCGGUGAAGAGAAAAGGAGUCGAAAGAAGCGAAGGGCUGGGAACCAGCUUCUGACCAGGCCAUUGAAGCCCGGAGCCCAGGACGGGAUCCAGCGGGAGAACACUCCGAUGAUGAGGAGUAGGGGAAAUUCGGAAAGGAGACAUGGGAGAAGUAAUGCUGGAAGAACGCAUGUCAAGAGGAAAAGAUUAAGAAAACAAGAAACGGGAUUAGACACGCAAGCGAAUGGAGGAGCCCCGCGAUUAGAAGUCAAUACGGGAGAGAGGGGAGGAGUCACGAGAAGACAGGGAAAGGGGAGGCGGAAGGGCGGGGCUAAGAGGAGGACGAUGACGGGGAAGAUGAGGGGUAGGAGCAAUCAGAGAAGGAAAAGACAGCGGGGUCGCAGACCCAGUCCACUGAAUCAUGGAUCGAGCUCAGGAGGGGGAGGGGUAUAGGAGGAGGUGGGAGGAGCUUGGGAGGCAGGGAAGUGGACUGGAAAUUUCGCUGAAAUGGGAGGAGCAAAAGAGACCAGUAAAAGACGUUGAUCGAUAGGUUGAAGAAACCACAGAGGCCUCGUACCA